CCGUCCGCCGCCGCCAUGGCCCGGCCGCUGGUGCCCAGCUCGCAGAAGGCGCUGCUGCUCGAGCUCAAGGGGCUGCAGGAGGAGCCGGUGGAGGGCUUCCGCGUGACGCUGGUGGACGAGGGCGACCUGUACAACUGGGAGGUGGCCAUCUUCGGGCCCCCCAACACCUACUACGAGGGCGGCUACUUCAAGGCGCGCCUCAAGUUCCCCAUCGACUACCCCUACUCUCCACCAGCCUUUCGGUUCCUGACCAAGAUGUGGCAUCCAAAUAUCUAUGAGACGGGGGAUGUGUGCAUCUCCAUUCUCCACCCCCCGGUCGAUGACCCCCAAAGUGGGGAGCUGCCCUCGGAGCGGUGGAACCCCACCCAGAACGUCAGGACCAUCCUCCUGAGCGUGAUCUCCCUCCUCAACGAGCCCAACACCUUCUCGCCAGCCAACGUGGACGCCUCCGUGAUGUACAGGAAGUGGAAAGAGAGUAAAGGGAAGGACCGGGAGUACACGGACAUCAUCCGGAAGCAGGUCCUGGGGACCAAGGUGGACGCAGAGCGGGAUGGCGUGAAGGUGCCCACCACGCUGGCCGAGUACUGCGUGAAGACCAAGGCGCCGGCGCCCGAUGAGAGCUCAGACCUGCUUUACGAUGACUACUAUGAGGACGGUGAAGGGGAGGAGGAGGCCGACAGCUGCUUCGGGGACGACGGGGAUGACUCGGGUACCGACGAGUCCUGACACCUGCCCCCCACCGAAAUAAACUUACAAAUUUUACCUCACUAGGACCGGACCGCGCGGGGUCUCUUAGGCGACAGACUACCUCACGGAGGUUUGCAUUGGUUCCCUUGCUCUGUUGGUUGUUUCGUUUUAGGUCUUUUUUUCCUUCCCUAUAUUUGUUUUGGGUUUUCCUUUGUUUCAGGGAAGAGUGGCCACCCCCCUCCCCCCCAUCUGCCCCCAUUGCUUGUGGGACUUGGGGCCACCUCCCCUCAUACUAGGGGCAGCAGAGUCCCAACUUCUGCUCAGGUGACCUGUUCCUGGGGACUGGCCGUGGCCUGCCCAGAGGAGCCUCAUGAAGCCGCAGGCUGGGACACGUGGACCCCGGGGCCCAGCUGCCUGCUGCCAUGGGCCUGGGGGACCUGGGAACCAUGUCCAUCAGCAACUCCAGGGCCUGGAGCCAGAGACUAGGCCUGUGUCCCUGCACUGAUGGAUGGAUUGACUUGGGCCACCUCUUUUCUCUGCUUUAGUAUGUUUGAAAUCUAAAUAAAACUACUUUAUGAGAAGCCA